CACGUCCGAAGCUAGAACGGGGAGGCUGUGGGAAUUCCUUGUAGAUCGGGGGAAACGGUGACUCGGACUCCAGUCACAAAGCUCUCCACAUCACGUGACCGACCUCACCUUCGCUCCAGAAACGUCCUCAAUUUUAGCCGUGGCAAAUAAAGUGGAAGGACGUGACCUGCUCGUCCCCUCUAAAGGCCCUCGGCCUGGAUUGGGCCCUUCAGCGAACUCUAGUAUUCCAGGGUGCAACAUUCAAGGUCAAGGUCGGGCAGCGGCUGUCUAGGGUGCAGCGGGACUCUGGACUCCUCGGUUUCCUAACCGAGAAGGGGGAGCCCUGCAAAUUGGGGGGCCUUACUCUCGGGGAAGGGGUUCUUUCCCGUUACUGAUCACCCCUUCCGUGUGGGGUGGGAGGACCCUCCCCGGGUUCUGUGCGGGCUGAGCGCUGUGGCCGCAAUGGGUCCCCAAGUAGCCCUCCUGGUGGCGGCGCUAGCCGGCUGCCUGCUUCCUGCCGGGGGCUGUGUCAUAUGUGAUCAGAGGGUCGUGGCGGCUCUGGACGCCUUGGAAAAGGAAUACCUGCCUACCCACAUGGCGCGCGAGCGUCAGAGACAAGUGAUGGAAACGAUAAGACAAACCGUGAGAAAUUUCUGGGACCUGCCAUAUUUAGAGGAUGCCUUUAUGGGCGUUAUAGAUGAGGCCACGAUGGAAACGUCAGUGUUGGGUUUUCUGAGGAGUAUGACACUUAUCACAAACAGUGACAUAGCAGAUGACACUUUCGUGAAGGAGUUCUCCUGGAUGUUGACUCUGGAAAAGGCAGCCUUUCAGCGCAAUGUUGCUCGGUUCCAAAGAGAGGAUUUCUGUCCCAACAAAUGUGGUAUGAUGUUGCAGCCUCUGAUCUGGUGCAGUAAUUGUAAAAAGCAGCUUCACGUUUGUCGAAAGUCCACAGAUUGCGGUGUGCGCCAAAUCAACGUCCACGAAAAGGAAGACUUGGUCCUGGACUGUGAGCUCAACUGGCAUAAAUUAUCUCAAGGCCUGACCUAUUACAGCUUUUACAGGGUUUGGGGGAGCAAUUCUGAGACCUUGGUGUACAAGGGGAAACAGCCCACCCUGACCAAGCCCCUGGUGGGGCCAGAGGAUGCAGGUGACUACCGCUGUGAGUUGGGCACUGUGAGAUCCCUCCCAGCCACGGUCAUCCAUUUUAAAGUCACAGUGUUGCCUCAGAGAAUCAUAGAGGAGACACCGACAUCAAACUUUGAAACCGAGGAGCAGCUGUCCCCAACCCUCCAGCCUUCAGAGUACCCUAAGCCCGAGAAGGUGCUGAGAAGCCUUCUGGCAGGGCUGCUGAUCUGGGGCUUUGUGGUGCUGAUCAUCAGCUUUGUCACCGCCGUGCUUUGCUUUCUGCCUGGGAACGUGAUGGAUUCCAUAAAGUCCUGGUUCCUCACAAACAGAGUAGCCGCCCUGCAGAGCCAGGUUCCGAAGGUACCGAAAGGAAACGACACAGCACCAAGUCACAAAUAAAGAUUUAUCUGGUUGCCUAAA